AUGGCUAAUGGCGGUGAUGUUGGCAGGAUUGUUGAUCCCAGGUUGCAGCAAGAAAUUUCAUCAAGUAGCCUCAAUGAAUUUGUGAGAAUUGUUAAGAAAUGCUUGCAUCAGCUGCCAAAACGACGGCCUACGAUGGCUCAAGUGGUGUCGAAUCUAGAGCAGGCGCUGGAGCUGCAUCUGUCUGAGAAGGAGAAUAUUCACUCGCUUCAUUGGACUCAUCACAAAACCAAGAUGCUGGACAGGAGUAGUAGUGUCAUAUCUCCUCCUGGUGAUGCAAACACUGGAAAGAAAAAUCAGAAUGUGGCUUCAACAGUGGGGGCAAAAAUGAAGGAUUCUGCUAGGCUCAGAAGAACAUUAUUAGGCUGGCCAUGGAAACCACUUUGGAACCGAGGUGGAUUCGGGAGUGUGUACAAAGGUUUUAUACCUAAAGAUGUCAAGAAAGGGCUUCCACCAACUCCAGUUGCCAUUAAGUUUCUUAGUGGCAGUAGUUCCCAAGGUCAUAGAGAAUGGCUGGCAAUGCUUUGGAAUCUUUUCUCCAUCCAGCUUUCCCAUCCAAAUUUAGUAAAGCUGAUUGGAUACUGUUGCGAAGGCGAGAAAAGGGUACUUGUCUACAAGUACAUGGCUGGCGGAAGUGUCGAAAAAAAUUUAUUCUCAAGCAGCUUGCGUCCGCUUUCUUGGUCAGUUAGAAUGAAGAUUGCAUUUGGUGCAGCAAAAGGUCUUGCAUUCCUACACGAAGCCGAGAGGCCUGUCAUCUUCCGUGAUUUUAAACCAUCCAAUAUUCUCUUGGAUUUGGACUACAAUGUAAAACUUUCUGAUUUCGGUCUGGCAAAAGAUGGACCAGUUGGUGAUGAAACACACGUUACCACCUGUGUAAUCGGAACACGUGGUUAUGCUGCACCAGAAUAUAUCAUGACAGGUCACUUGACGCCUAAGAGCGACGUAUACAGCUAUGGUGUAGUCCUGCUUGAGCUUCUAACAGAAAGAAGAGCAUUAAAUGUGCCAUUGGUUGAGGAUAAGAGAAAACUGGCUGCCAUUGUGGAUCCAAGGUUACAAGGAGAUUAUCCACUUGAAGAUGUUCAUAAGGUUGCUAUGUUGGCCGGUAGUUGUUGUCUGAAUCAAAUCCCAAAGAAAAGGCCACUGAUGCAAGAAAUCGUAGAUACCCUGGAGCCACUUCAGGAGGGGCUAGAAUCUGUUGAGCAUACUGACACUGAAAGAAAAUAUGAUCCAAACUUUCAUCAACUGCAUCACACAGAUUGGAUUUCAGUGGCUGAGUUAUAA